AUGAAACCGAAACGUGUAAACACAGAGAAGGAGAAGGAGAAGGAGGAGACGAAACACAGAGAAGGAGGAGACGAGACGAUGAGCAAAAAGGAGUCGAAGACAUCAGAAAAACUGAAAAAGCAUUGGUUCACAAACUUGCUAAACUCACGGAUAUCACAAUUAGAUAUCUUUCGAGACAUUUUCUCAUGGGUCAGUCUUAUGGUAUGCUCAACAUAUUCAACUGACCCAUUUCUUCAACAACGCCUGGACAGGGUUGGUUGGCUCCCAAGUCAAACCUUUAACAUCAACUUUGAACACUAUUCUGGUUAUGUCACUGUUAAUGACCAAGCUGGGAGGUCACUGUUCUAUUGGUUCAUUGAGGCUCAAGAAGACCCUCACUCCAAACCCCUUGUUUUAUGGCUCAAUGGAGGGCCUGGAUGUUCAUCCAUUGCUUAUGGGGAAGCAGAGGAAAUUGGUCCUUUUCAUAUAAAGUCAGAUGGCAAGACCCUUUACCUGAAUCCUUAUUCUUGGAAUCAAGUUGCCAACAUUCUUUUUCUUGACUCUCUUGUUGGAGUUGGAUUUUCGUAUUCAAAUACUUCAUCUGACAUUCAGAACAAUGGUGAUAAGAGGACAGCUGAGGACUCUUUGACAUUUCUACUGAAGUGGUUUGAACGUUUUCCACAUUAUAAAGGAAGGGAUUUUUUUAUCAGUGGUGAGGGCUAUGCAGGGCAUUAUGUUCCUCAACAUAGCCAAGUUAUUGUGAAGUACAACUUUGCUACUAAAGAAAAUGCUAUAAAUCUGAAAGGUUACAUGGUAGGAAAUGCUUUAACAGAUGAUUUCCAUGAUCAAUUGGGGAUUUUCCAGUUUAUGUGGUCAAAUGGUUUGAUUUCGGAUCAAACAUACAAGCUCUUGAACCUACAUUGUGAUUUUCAGUCAAUAAUACACCCAUCAGAUUCAUGUCAAAAAAUUAGUAAUAUUGCUGAUAAAGAACUUGGCAAUAUAGAUCCAUACAGUAUCUUUACUCCUUCGUGCCAUGUUAAUGUUAGCCGGUCAAAUCAGCUGGUGAGAAGAACGCGUGUAAGUUUUCCCUUUCUGUGCUAUUAUUUAACUGGUUUCUUAUUCUUUUCUUAUGCUCUUAAGGAGCCAAAAAUUGCUGGUCGUUGA